AGGGGUUGACGGAUUUUGAGGCACGGGCGGCAAUUUAGCGAGUUCAUAAGCUUUAUCCGUCGAGCCUCUGCGCGAAAAAAAGGUUGAUCUUUGCAGACUCAAAGUGGGUUGACGACGAUUUCCCGUGCCGUAUACCGACCGUACGGUAGGCCAAAUGAGCCCGCUCGUGAGUGUAAUUAUUUGCAGGUGCAGCUGGUGAAAGGUGAUGAAAGCAGAUAGCAACGAAACUUCAUCCGCAACCGCAUUGAUUCUGCUGGUGCUUGCGCUGGCCGUGCCGUGCCGACUCAUCGUCGGCCACAAACGCUGCUCGUAGCCUAGUCAUCGAGCGGAAUAGUGUCCGACCAUUCGGUACCAGCAACGCCGCAUUUGCAGCAAAGGCAGAGUCUGCAUAGAGUUUACCUGGGAGCAGAACAAAUUGACAGAAAGCCAGCCGUCUUCAUGGAAUCGUAGCCGUAACUAGACAAGCAAAUUUCCUCUGCUCAAGAUACUUGGGCGCAGCUAGCUCGAGUGCUUGGAGUGAGUCUUUUAGAUCAUAGCAUCUCCCAACAAACGCUCGGAGCAAAAACAAUGGAUGCCGAACGGGAAGCUUCCUGCACACCACCGCUUCCGUUGGCAGAUGAUUUACUACCCGAGCAGCUCAGCAAGUUCCAUUCGCCGCUGAUGGCCGGAAGUGAGCAUGAGGAACGCCAAAUGUCACCGCCAGCGGUGGCGAAACCAGCACUUGCAGAUACGUCAAGCAACACUGGGCCGGCAGAUGUUCGCAGCAAAGACAAGGAAAAAAGUGUGCGAAAAUCCAAGGAUGAAGGGGGUAAAAGGGGAAAGAAAUCAGAUGAUUCAACAGCUCAUCGUCAGUCGUCAAAGGAGUUAUCGUCGAACGAAAAACCCAAUAAAUCGGAUACAGAACCUAAGGGGUCUUCGAAGAACAGUGAAAAGAAAAGAACCUCUUCCCAGGAUCGGGACAACGGGAAGGAACGUCAUCACCGUAAUCGAAGUAAUCAUCGGCGAAAAUCGCGCAGUCGCUCCAAAGAGUCUACAUCGGUGGGUAAAACUUCUCCCGCACGGUCAAAGCAACCCACGGAAGACGGCGCGAGCAAGAACCCCCACAAGGAAAGCAAACGUAGGAGCGAUGGAGCCAAGAAGAAAAAGUCGAAAAGUAGGCGAUCUCACUCGAAAGAAGAGAUCAACGACGAAGAGCGUGACGUGCCACAAAAUCGCGAACGCGAUUCUCGCUCCAACAGCCGUAGCCGCAGUAGGCGGCAGGAAAGUGUGCGACGAGACCGUCGCAGCAGCAGUAGUCCGGCGCGUGAUUCGUAUCCCCGGCGAGCGGGUUCCCGAGAGUGGCCGGUGCAUCCGGGACCGCCACAUUUUACGCGCGGUUUCAACUUUCCUGGCCGUCGCGGUUACCAUCAGUAUCAGCGGGGACGCUUUCAGGACUUCCACCAGUCCCGCCGUGGUUCACCGUUUUGGAAGAAGGCGGGUCCCGUGCGCAAACCCGGUGGAACACUCUCUUCGAUGCGAUACACCAAGACACUGCCAACGAUCAGCUGGCGUGAUUGGACCGAACCGAGCGAACGGGAGCACAGUGUGGAACGAUCACCGGUAAAAAAGGUACGGCCCAUUACGCCGGCCAUUGCGGCCAUGCAGGAGUACGAUGGCAGUGACGGGGAACACUCAUCGGACGUGAACAGUGAUGUUGAACGGAAGUCUGACGAUACUACGGAGCGUUCGCAGACAACUCCAGAUAGGAAGCAAGUGAACAACGCCAAAAUGGAAGGAACACCACCGAUGCGGGAAUGUGAAGAGGAAGAGUUGCUCGUGCGACAUAUAAAACUGGAGAAAGUGGACGAGCGCGAUUGUCCGGAGGAGAAGACGAUUCUCGGUGAGGUGAAAAUAGAUUGCAGCAUCGUUAAAAAAGAACCUCUGACGGAGGAGGACGAGGAGCAGGCGCCACUAGAACACGACAAACCCAUAGUGGUAAAGAAGGAAGCGGCAUGUCGACCUGCGAUUAAACCGAAAUUUAGCUGCUCCUUCCUGGACGAUCUUUCUAGCGGUCAGAUGAUGCUGGACCCCGAACUGCUCGCUUCACCCGAACAACCGGAGUCGUGCGAAGAGGACGAGGAAGAUGAGGAGGUCCCGGAAGAGGUUGCCCGUUCCGGGCGAGACGGAAGCGAGUCCCCUGACACGGACGAUUACGCGGCAAACUGGGAAACGGAAGGGAACGAGGAAACGCUAAGCACUAGCCCGCCCAAGCAAACCCUUGACGGUCCAUCACCAGUAGUGGAAGGUGUGGGAACUCCGAAGGCGAACCACAAACCCGAUACACCUCCUCCUGAAAACGUCCCGAACGGGGGGGCACCAGUUCCUGUGCUAAGUGGCGAGGACAAACGGGCCCACCUAAAGCCGCGCAGCAUGCACGAGGAGAUCAUUCCGUUGGACGACCUGCUGAAUGUACAGAACCAGCUCAAAUCGUUCAAGUCGAAGCUAGACGAAGCGGAAAAGCUGAAGCGAACCGACCGAAAUGCCCCUUCCGUGCAACAAGGAGGCCGAGGUGGAGGGGGAGGAGCUCUGUUUACGGAGAAGUUGGCGGACGAGUAUAAAAGCUUCAUGCAGUCACUUGCACAAACUUCCGCGGGCGAUGCAACCGAGCGAGACCGUGCGUCCAGUCGAGCUAAGGGAAAAAAGAAACGCUCCAGUUCGUCCAGCAGUUCUAGCUCGUCCUCUUCCGACUCGAGCUCGGACUCAUCGAGCUCGUCCGGUUCGUCUAGCUCUUCAAGUUCGAGUUCUUCGGAUUCGGAAGAUCAAAGCAGCACGGAAGAGUCCGAGGAUGAGCAGCCGAAGCAAAACCGUAAAAGCGCCGCUGCGGGAGCAGAUCACGAUAACUCCGAAGCGAAGGAGCCAGCAACUCCACCGCACCGUCCAACGUUGGUCAUACCGGAGUACUUGCUGCCGAAGGUACCCACACCGCCCUCGGGUAGCGUCCCACCGACUCAGCAAACUCCCACCAAGAUCUACAGCAUACGCGACGAUUCUGUGGCUAGCGAAAGUACUGAAUCGUUGGCCUCCUCCAUCAAACCGCUCGAGCUGGAUCGGGAAACACCGAUCAAACUGAAGCUUCCUUCGAAAACCAGGAUGUUACCGGGCGGUGGAGCAUCGGCGUUGCUCGGACAGGACGAGGAAGAAGGCACCGUUCCACCAGCCGAGGGAACUGAGCGUCCGCCAAGCGAGCAGGAUCAAAAGUCAACUAAAGACCGAUCCCGCUCGACCGACGGUAAGUCCAGCCGCCAGAGGCAAAAGCGUUCCCGCGACCGUCAGGAUCGCAAGCGAUCGGAGUCGCACAACCGACGAUCGGGUGAUCAUCACUCAUCGGGAGCGAGCAGUCCGAAGCGGAGGUCGCGUGAUCGUGAAAAGCGAUCCUCGCGGAAAGACCGAUCUUCGCCAGAUAAGCGCAAGGAACGAUCCGCUCAGCGGCGCGGUUCCCGUAGUCCACAUCGUCGAACCCGUAGCCCUCGCAACCGAACGCGACGGUCCACGUCGAAGUCGCGGUCGAGGUCACGCUCGCGCUACCACAGCCUUAGCCCACCGCAGCGUCGUCCUCCGAGUCCGCGAGGCGGUGAUAAUCGGCGGACUGCGGCGAGUCGUUCCCGUCGUCGUUACUCGGUCGAUCGCGAAUGGUCGGCGCGCGGCCGAUCGCGCUCUCCAUAUGGUGGCCGUCGUCCACCCUCGCCCAAGGACGCACCACCCAUGACGCUCCAUGGGGAGAAUCAGAUCGACAUCAUCACGAGCACGGGUGCCUCACCGAACGUCCACUCGCCCGUCACCGGGUACAAGAAGAGUCUGGCCGACUCGACGAUCAGCGAUGCGGAACUGGAGAGUCAGAAGCGUAAGCUCGCCGGGUACGGUGCUACCGGCUACUACGGACCGCAUCCCACUGAACACUUGGAUCCGACCACCGUCUCUGGAGGGGCGGCGACCGCCGGGUCCGAGGGAGGAGGCGAAGAGUCCUCCCCGAAACGUAUCUCGCUGGACGAUCGGAUCAAUAUCGUGCUCGGUAUGAAUGGAACGGUGGAUGGUGGUGGCAAGUCGAGCGGAAAGCAUCAUCAUGGGCAUGGGCAACAUAUGCAGCAACACCAUCACCACCACCACCAACAUGCACCGUACGGCGAGUAUCCUCCCUCCCAUGACAUGUACCUCCAGCGUGGCCAUCAUCCGGUCAACUAUCCGCCGGCCGGUUACACGGCAAGUCAGGAGCAGUACGGUGGCUCGCCGUACGGUUCGUAUGGUGCCCGAGGUUUACCACCGAACUCCAACGCCGCCACAUCCCCUUACUAUCCGGGCAGUGGCCGUGGCCCUCCACCAUCGUGGGCUCCCCGAAGUCAUCCGUACCAGGGCUACCCGAUGGCAUUCGUCACGCAUAAUCGACCACCUCUUCCGGGAGAGAUGUAUCGUUUCCCGUACGCCCCACCAAACUCAGUCCCAUUGACCACCGGCACCGGGGCCGAUGGGGCUAACUCCAAGUCGCAAGUGAAGCAGGUUGGCAAUGUGCUAGAAAUCGUACCCUCAAACGCACCGCUAGCUGCGUCGGGUGGCGACGGUGCACCCGGUUCGACUAACCUCACCUCAUCCACCAACUCCAUGGAUGGUUCCGUCAACGGCACAAGCACCGCAAGUCCGGCCGAAGCGGCAGCGAUCGGCAUUGCGAUGCAAAACUCAACCACAUCGUCUGCACUCGUGACCCCGAAAAUUCUCACCGCCGAGGAGCUUCAGCAACGGCACGACCGACGGCUGGAGCUAAAGAAAAAGAUUCGUGCCGAGCGGGAAAAGAAACGGUUGGACAAGCGGCAACGGAAGGAACGGCUGCAGUUGGAGAUGAAGCGAUUGCUGAACUCCAAAACGGUCACCUCUUCGGGCGGGACGGUCGAUGCGCUCGGUGGAGGUGUAGGUAGCGGUGGUAGCGUUGGGGGAAGCAGUGGUGGUGGAGGUGGUGGUAGUGCUUCGUCGGACGAAGAGUUCGAGACGAUCAAGCAGGCGGAUCUGCUCGCGUCGCUCGGACGCUCGUACGAGAAGAGUAUUCUCAAAGGCGCCAAACAACUAAACGCUGUGGGAAGUGCAAAUGCGGUCAAGAAAACAGUCCUCUUCGCCGACGGUAAGGCACCGGGCGACGUUUCGUCCAGCUCCGCCGAUGAGGCGAAGGAGAAAUCACCCAACAAGCAGCAGGCCGUGAAGCAGCGGAAAAAGUUGCGCCGCCAACGCACGCUCAAGAUUUCGGGCAAAAAACGUCUGAUAGACCGACUGAAGCUGCCGGAGCUCGAGCAAGAGGCUGAAGAGCUGGAUCCAGAGGUUGCGAAUUUACCAGCGCCCCCUCCACCACCCGGUUCACCGCCCCCAGAGCUGCAACAACCACGUUGCCUCAACCCUCCCGUGGUGAGAAUGAUCGACUUCCGGGAAGGAUUCCACGGCAUCGCUCUGCCGCUGCCCCUUCCACCAGGCUCGAUGGGUGGUCCCCCACCACCGAUGCAUCUCGUUGGCGCGAAUACGAUGGGUCCGGCCGGGGCCUCUUCCAUACCACUGCCAGUUCCUCCCGUCUCGAUGUCGGUCCCGCCCGGCCCCGUCCCGACGCCGCUGCCCGGCUAUCGAAAUCCUCCGACGAUGCCACAACCCCACCACCACCUGCUGCCUACCCAUCUCGCCACGCAACGGCCAACGUCACCCCACGGCGUCCUCCCACCGCUGCACCAUCCCCAUCCGCCACCGCAUCUCUUCACCCAUCAUCCGCCGAACAUUGGACACGGGGGUCCGUCCCUCCAUACACCGCCACCGUCGCACCAUGCCUACCAUCAACACCACCACCACACCCAACAUCCACCUCCACAGACACCACCCUCCGUUUCAACCGCUCUCAUCACCAUUGGCAGUAAGAAGCGUGUCAACGGCAACGGCGGUGGCGGCGUAAACCCGAUAGAAUCGAUCGUCUCCACGGCAGCCACCACCGGAACGGUUGCACCUUCCACCGUCCUCAGCACGGGCGUCGCUACGUACGUCGAUGGUACGCCACCGGUUUGAUCCCAUUCGCCCCGACCGCACGAACCAUAGCUGCCUUUCAUCAAGCGAACCGAGCAAACGGAGCAAUUAACGGAACUGUCGAGCAGAGAGAACCAACAACCAGGCAAUUGGCUGCGCGUAGGGCAAGAGAAACGCGGCAGCACCAAGGCAAUAUGCGGAGGCAAUAAUGCCGUCGCCAAGUGUUUGACUCAAAUGUACCGAUGGCUCAUUCUAGGGUAUAGCAUUAGUUUUUAAUUAAUUUUACCAUCUUUUCUUUGAUAUCGAACACAGUUUUUUAAUUCAAACACAAUCUCCAACCGCGGCGUAACCAAAAGUCGUAUUACGUCACGCUGUGCAUAUCCGUACUCCUUUUUUCUUUGCUCAUGUACACAGCAAUGGGAGACAAAUUAAUCCAGCUUAGUUAACGACGUUAUGUUAGAACAUAUGUGAAAGCUCUUUCCUCCGAAAGGGAAGAAUUAUAAUGAAUGCUAAUAAGAAACUAAGAAGGAUUUUUGUUCUUGACUUUUUGGUAACUGUCCCCUAUAAUAGUAUGCUGAAGGUGGCUAUAUCAAAUUCAAAACUCAUUGCCGAAGGAUGGCUGCGGUCCUACCUUGGUACAGCGCUGCGCCAGCAACUUUCACUCGUCGAUGUAUUAAAUGUGUUAAUGUAGUGUAAUAUUUAAUCGAAUCGAACAACUGCAAUCGAAAAAAAAAACAGAUUAAGGAGAAACGUGUAUAAGCAGAUAACGUAUGAGGGAUACAGAGAGAAAGAGAGAGAGAGAGAGAGAGAGAGAGAGAGAGAGAAGUGAAAGCAAUCGAAGAAAAAAGUUAGAAUAAAUAAAAAAGCGCGUUAGUAGAUCCAUAAGCUUGGCAGUAAAAAAAACAACCAGAAGUGGGAAUGUCUCAUCUGAGAGUGCGUAGGACAGAACUUUCCGCCU